UUGAGACUCGCUUGGCUGCUCGUCUCCAUCAGAGUGAAGUUGAUUCCGAUGUUUUUCAAAUCAAAGCCGUGAAAUUCACUAGAUUUCAAAAAUUAAAGUGCACCGAACUGCUACACGUGAUAUGUAAUCAAAGACAAGUAGUUAGGAAAAAAAACCCACUAAGCAAUGGAGCAGCACAUAGAUGACAUCGUUAUUGAUUUUGAUCACAUUGAGCAGAGUUCAAUGCAACUGGAAGAUGAAGCAAUUGUUUCCAUGGAAUAUAACUGCAAAUGCUGUGAUAUGACGUUCUUUUCCGUUGAGGACCAUAUUCGUGAUUAUCAUGAAAACGAGGAAGUAGAGGUGGAAGCGGAAGAGGAUGUUGCAUGUAGCUAUGGUUUUGAAGAAAUUGUGGUGAGCAGUGGUUAUCACUCACCCGCCAACGAUCUGUCGGACACCACCAAAUGCAACAUUUGCUCCACUGUGUUGAAAAGUGCAAGAAGUUUGAAAAUGCACAUGAGAAUACACGAUGUCAGGAUAAACGACACGCCUGGAAACAGUACUGAAAGUGUUUGCUCGAUAUGCAAUCGCAGCUUUGAUAGCGCCGAGCACUUGCAGCUUCAUCUGAGUGCCCAUGAAGGCAUCACCACGGUAACAGAGGACAUUGCGGAGGAGCAGCAAUAUCGCGAGAAGCGGCCCGCCGGCUAUCCGUGUCAAUACUGUGGAAAGCCAUUCAAACGACCGUACGAGAAGGUGAAACACGAACGUAUCCACACCGGAGAGAAACCGUACGCGUGUGACUUGUGUGGCAAGCGAUUCCGGGUGUCCAGUUGCUUGACGAUUCAUAAACGCACCCAUGACGAUACGCGACCCUACGUCUGUCCUCACUGCAAAAAGAGAUUCAAGUUUCAGUCGGCAUACGACCAUCACCUGAAAAUUCACUCAAACGAUCGCGGCUACAAAUGUUCCUUCUGUGCGAAAUCGUUCAACACUGCCGUCCAACUGAAUGGUCAUACCAAAAGCCAUACCAAACCGUUCUCCUGUGCGGAAUGUAACCGCCCAUUUGGAUCGCUGUACGCCGUUCGGAAACACAUGCUGAUUCACCAGGCUCCGAACAACAAACUCAGCUAUGGCUGUGAUAUCUGUGGAGCUCACUAUGGGCGGGAAUUUGCUCUCCGGGAUCACCACGCGCAGCAUCAUGCAGUGGGAAGUGACGGCAACGCCGAAAGGUAUGAGGAUGAUGCCAGCAGUAAAGGCGAAAUAGUUGAGGCCAACAGUUUUACGACAACAGUAGUGGACGAAGAAAUCAUAGAAGAGGAAUUGCUAUUUUGAAUAGAUUGUAUUUCUGCUGUUUUCUAUAACGGAUGAUAUAUAAUUGGUAUUAAUUCUCUUCUAUGGUGCUACAACGGCCGCAUACUGGCAUUGCUAUGAUUUUUCACUAGGUUUUAGGUAAUGCUCUUUCCAGUUUUGCGUUUAUACAUAAUAAAUAAUGCAAUAAAACGUUCUUUGUUUCGCGCUGA